AAUCUAGAAGUUGACGACAAGACACUGAUUCCAGAUGUUAACGAUAAUACAGAGACUCCGGAAGUUAAUGAUAACAUCGCGGCUCCAGAAGCGACGGAUCAAGUGUUGAAUAGCUAUGAAAAUACGGAACCGACAGAAUCUGCUAAAUGGUGGGACGCGGAAGGGUUGGCCAUUUCGGGCUUAUUUAGUGAUUUAAUACCCGAUGAGAUUGAGAUAGUGUUGCAUAAGUACGCGCUCUCUCCGCAAGUGAUUGUCUUUACUUUCAUCAUAAGCUUCUGCUGGUGUUUGGCGAAGAUAUUGAUCUCGUGUUUCAGUUCGUCCAACAAAGAGACUGAAUUAAGAGAGAUGUGUAAUAAGAGUCAACGACAGGCCUAUUAUUUUGAAGCCGAAAAAGAGAAAUUGCAAUCAGAAGUGCACAGAGAGACAGAGAAUGCUCGAAUAGCGGUGGAAAAGCUUCAAAUACUUGAACAAAAAGUACAUCCAUUGGAAAAAGCGUGUCAGAAAUAUAAGUCGGAAAGGGAACAAUUGCAGCAAAGAGUGAUUGGUUUGGAGAGCGAUCUCGAGAGCGCUGCAGAGGCAGGCCUUGAAGCCAAUCGUCUAUUGAAUGACUUCUUGACGUCUCAGAAGGAAAACGUGAGCUUGAAUUCAAGCGUCGAUGCGUUGCAACAACAGAUCACUCGACAGACAGAUAUUGUCUCCAAAUAUGAAUCCAAAGCUAAACAGAAAGAGACGGAAAAUAAAGAGCUUAAAGAAAAAACCGAUAAAAUGAGCGCCGAAUUGGAGAGACUUAAGAAUGUUUUGAAAGAAACAUCACUUAAUUUAGAAACCUUUCAGAAGAAUAACGAUGAGUUAAAGGCGUCUAAAAGUGAACUCAGUUUGAGUUUUACUGAAUUAGAAGAACGAUAUUCUAGUCUUCAGCUCAAAGCCGAUGAUUAUAUCGAAAGAAAUGACGAACUCUUGAAUGACUUUCAGAAAUUAAGCCAUGAAUUGGAAGAACUCAAAGAAGAGAAGAAUCACAAGGACUUAGAAAUAGAGUCGUUUAAAGAGAUUUUGUCAAAACUGAGACGACAUCCCAAUAAAGACAGCGAAACCAACGACGAGGACAACGACAACGAAGAGGACGGCGAAGAGCGCGGCGAAGACGGCGACCAAAUGGAUAGCGCGAUGCACGACAAGGCUUUGUCCGAUUUGUACGAUAUCGUCGAAAUGGAUCUAAAGCUUAAGAACGUAACGAUUGACAAAAACGAGUUGAGCCUAAAGCUGGAGGAAGUGUCCAAACGUUGCGAAGAACUUAACCAUAAAUUAGAGUCUUUAGAGGAGGAGAACCGAUCGAUUAAGACUGAGAGCGAGGGCGCCGUUAAGGACAGACUUAAGGCUCAAAUGGAAUUAGAAGUACUGACCAAAUACUAUAAGGAAAAGGAGGUCGAGUUGGGCAAAGAGAUUGGCGUUCAGCACAUCCAACGACAACAGAAGGAAGAGGACGAAAAGGAGGUCGAGUUGGGCAAAGAGAUUGGCGUUCAGCACAUCCAACGACAACAGAAGGAGGAGGACGUGAACUCCAUGUCCAGCCAAUUGAGUGCUCUCGAAGAGGAGAACGUGUCGCUCAGGGAUCAGUUGCAGUCCAUGAAGAAAGAGGUUUCAGACACGGAAAACAAGUUGAAAACACAAAUCAAUCAAUUGGAGAAACAGGUGCACGAGAACUGGAUUAUCGCCCGAACCGCUCAACGAUCGCUCGAUGAAUCCAAAGCCGAGGCCUCUGUCCUCAGGCAGACCCUUACGAUGUCUGUGAAGUCGCCGAUCGAUGGCUAUGCGGGCGACGCCUCGUUUAUGGACGACUCGGCCAGUUCUGUGUCUUCAAUGCACGACCAUUUCGGAGCGUUGCCUCCACCGCCGCCGCCCCCACCGAUGCCUCCCAUUCCUCCGCCGGCACUAUUCAAUCAGAUGAUGGCCGGAAUGCAAAUGCCUUACAACGAGGAGAUGUCCGAUCCAACGGCACUCUGGAAUCAGCACCAAAUGAUGCCUCCCAUUCCGCCGCCGUUCCUACAAAUGACUUCACAGUUCGCUCCCAUUCGACCCGACAAUGCGAUGGCCAACGACCUCAACAAUUCGUACAAUUCAAUGCUUAACAAUCAGAACUAUAAUUCAAUGGCCAACGAUCCCAACUCGUCCUACAAUUCCCUAUCAAACGACCCGAACAUGUCGUAUAACUCCACGUCCAACGACCCGAACUCGUCCUACACUUCGAUGGCCAACAACCAGAGCGCACCGUACACUUCGUUGCCCCACAACUCGCAGCCCGUAAACAAUUAUGUGACACAAGUGUCACAGCAAUGGGAAACGCAUUCAAAUCGGGACACAUACUCGCCGUCGUCGCACCGGUCGACCACUGGUUCUCCUCACCAGUCGUUCCCAAUGUAUUCUCAACCAAACAAUCAUUAUUCAAAUCCAUUGCUGGCGUCGGCCGCGAACUCGAUGUCGAGUCCGAUGCAUAACAAUUCAAUCAGCAAUCAUAUGCAGUCAUCGCAAGUGAACAAUUCGUUAGUGAACACGAGUCCAUCGGUGGUGCAGUCCUCACAGUCGGUGAAUAUGUUUUCAGAGCCCAUACCAUCCCAUUGGGCGCAACCCAACGGCAAUAUUCCCAAUUUAAACAACAAUUACAGUCAUCACGAGUAUAACGAGUCCCAGACCGUCAACGCGGCCCCGACGACGACACCGGCCACUACCGCCCACACCACUGAUCCCAACAAUUCUUUCUAUACAUCUGUUGUUUGA